UUGAAUUGUUUUAUUUUUGUAUUCAAGUUAUUAUGUUUAUAAUUAAUAAUUUAUCAUAAAAGUGUGAAUAAGUAGCUUGUUUUAGAGUAUUUAUAAUAAGUAGUGUACAAAACAACAAUGAUUUCAAGAUCUAAACAUCGGUCUUCUAUGGAAAUGUGUUCCGAUUGUGGGGCAUCGGAUCCGUCAUGGGCGUCGAUAAAUCGUGGAUUGUUGUUGUGUGCGGAAUGCUGUAGCGUUCAUCGAAGUAUGGGAAGGCAUAUUUCGCACGUAAAAUCAUUACGACAGGGUUCUUGGCCUCCUUCCCUUUUAGCAAUGGUGCAAGCUCUCACAGCUCAAAAUGUAAAUAGUAUUUGGGAACAUUCCUUGCUGGACAUAUCAGCACCAAAGCAUUUACGGAAGAAACCAACUCCUAAAGACCCUCUGCAUCCAGUGAAAUCUGAGUUCAUACUAGCCAAGCAUCUGCGUCUAGCCUAUGUCUUAAGAGCUAGAAGAGAUGAACCACCCAGUGAAUUGGGCAGACAGUUACACAGUGCUGUGAGGAGCUCCUCAUUGGACACUGGAAUGAGGCUCUUGGCACAGGGUGCUGAUCCUAAUUAUUAUAACCAGGAGAAGGGCAAUACGUGCCUGCACGUCGCGUGCCGCGCGGGGCAGCCGGCGCAGGCGGAGCUGCUGGUGGCGUGGGGCGCCGACCCCACCGCGCGGGACAGCGCCGGCAACACGCCGAGCGAGUGCGCCAGGCUCGGCGGCCACACUGAGCUGGCGGACCGAAUGACUGAGCUGGUGUACGAAGCGACCGACCGAAUGAUAUACUUCCUCACCGGCGAGAAGCCGGACCACGCAUCAGGCAGACAUUAUAUUGUGCCUCGAGCUCACGACACGCACGAGAUGACCGACGUAGCUAAGGCUGCCAGGGGCAAAUUGCAGUUGUUGCCUAAUCAUCUAUUUGAAGAAUUGGUUAUGGACAUCUAUGACGAAAUAGAUCGACGAGUAACAGAGGCCAUCUGGCAGACGAGCGCGAGCGGGCUGGAGCGGUGCGGCGUGGCGUUCCUGCCGGUGAACCCGGCGCUGUCGGCGCCCCGGAACCAGGGCAGGCAGAAGCUGGCCCGCCUCUCCGCGCCCGAGUUCGCCACCCUGCUGCGGGACGUGCUGCUGGACGCCACCAGGCGGCAGAGGAUUGCCAGCCUGCAGCCGAGAGCGCUAACGGGGCCCGCCAACCCGCUGCUAUCAGCCAGCCACUUGCGUCACAUGUCGCAACUAUCGGACGACGAGCCGCUUUACGACUCUGUCGCGUCCGAUGACGACUACGCGGCGCUGCGGGAACUCGAUAUGUCCGCCCUGGACCCGAAAGCGGGCGAAACGGUGGCAUCCACGUACAACGCGUCGCUGCCGAACGACCAGCCGCAUCCCCAAGAGCGCACGAGCACGCCAGAGCGAAACGAGGAAGUGGAAACCCUGAAGAAGGAACUGGACAGCCGCGACACCACCAUCACCGAACUCAAGAACCAACUGAAGAACCUCCAAACGAUCGUUGAACAAUUGACCAAAGAGAACAGCGUGCUGAAGACCAGUAGCAUAGACGAUGAUAGCAUAUCCCAGGUGUCGAUCAGUGAGGACACCAAGGAGAGGGGGAGGAGUAUGGACCAGCAGCUGGGCGGGGCGGGGGAGGGAGGGGAGGACGUGAAGGUGAAGACACGGCCGGUCAGUAUGUAUGAGACUAGAGAGGGACCGAGGAAUAACUGGCAGGUUACUAAACAUCAGUUGACGAGCAUCCCCGGGCUGGAGCGGUCGCUGACGCAGGGGGCGCUGGAGUUCGGCGGCUCGAGUUUGAUGGAUAUCGACGCGUCCAGUGAACCAUUGAAUGCUGAGGUGGUGCAGGCGCGCGCGGAGGCGGUGACGCGCGCGAUCCAGGAGCUGUGGAGCGCGGCGCGGCUGCAGCGCGCGCGCCUGCCCGAGCGCGCCGCCGCCGUGCGCCGCGCCGCCGCCGCGCUGCUCGCGCUCUUCCCCCUGACAUGCGUGGACGCAUCCCUGGAGCAAGUGGUCAGCGAGCUCCGAACGGCGAGCGAGGAGCUGGCGAUCGCGUGCACUGCGCAGGCGCCGAUAGACCAAGUGCGCACCGCCGCGUACGACCUCGCUAAAGCGACGAAACUACUGGUGACGCACUUCCAACCCUCCUAGCGAACGGCCAGCUACUACACGACAGUGUAGGGCCGACCCGCGGGAGCGUUGCGACUCCUCAAGUGUUGUAUGGGAACAUUUUUCAAAUAGAGAACCCUGUGUUGGACUGUUUUGAAUAAUGAAUUUUUGUGUUUGCAAUGACGUUGAACUUUUUUGAAUAUAGAAUAUUUGUGUUCCAUUGUAAUAAAUGGUAGACGGUUUUGAAUAAAGAACUUCGUAUUCAAUUUUUCAUUAGGAAUUUUGUGUUUGAUGAUAGUGAUGGAUGUUUUUGAAUAAACAAAUUGUUUCUAUCAUUAUCUAAUAAGAAGAUUUUGGAAGCAUUACGAACGGUUGUGUUUUAUUUUUUGUAUUAAUUAGCGUGGUGAAUUUAUUAUAGAUUUGAGUUUAUUUACUUAAAUACAAAAGCUAAAGUUUCAUGGUGGGUAAAUUGUUUACUUUAAGCUAUUUGUUCUUUCAUUUUGAUGAAUUUUUUGUCUUUAUGUUUUUUUUUAUUGAUAACGCCCAUUUUCAUAAUUAAUUUAAGUAUAAUAAUUUUAUUUGUCUUCCUGGGUUGGGAUAUCGAGCGAUUCAACCUAAAUUUAAUAAGCGUAAUGAGUACUAUUAAAUAAAAAGUAAUAAAAUUUGUUUAAUAGAUUUAUGCCGCGCGAAAAAAACAUUUUGUGAUUUUGUUAAAUAUUUUGCGUUGUGACUUUAUAUUGUAUAAGAAAUGCAUCAAAUUCUAAAAAUUAUUCUAAAAUCGUAUACACUUUGUCAAAUGUUAUUUUAAUAUUGUAUUAAAAUUAAGCUUAUACUGCGAAAUGUAUUGCAUAAUAAUUUGUAAGAAAUGACUCGAAAUUAAAUUGGUGUCUGCUUUUUUUUAAUUCAUAAUGCGUAAUGACUAUGGUAGUGUGCGUGUAAACGUGAAAUUUUUUUUGGAUAUUUAAUGCUCUAUUGUUAGUACGUAUGACGAUUUAUAUAACUCUUGGUGGAAUAUAGUUUUUAUUGUUUCCCAUUUUCAUAAUUACCUAUAUCAUAAACUACUAACUAUAUAGUAUAUAUCGUUUUUCGAAGGUCAGGUUUUCCCAAAAUUAUUAUCUUUGGCUAAAUAAAAUCGGUCAGUGUGACAGAUGUAAAAUGCCACACAUGGGACACAUUACGGAGCAGAAGUAACAUAGACAAUUAAAAUAAAAUACCAAUCAGUAUUUAAGUAAAACGGAUUGAAAUUAGGGAUUUUUGGAAAACAUUAAAUCACAACUAUAAAGAAUAUUUCUUUGUACUACAAAUUGUUUUUAAUGUACAUUUAUUGUAAAGGUUGUAUAUUAUAUAAAAUGUAGUAUUAAGGCACAGUUAUUUUUGCUAUAUUUAUGUACAAAUUGAAUAGUUAGCUUCAUCAUACAUUUUUAAUAUUCGCAUAGCUAUUGAGAUGGUGUUAUGAACAUAAAGUUAUUUCCCUUAAGCGUUGGUCACGUGUAUACUAAUUGUAAGGUGCUUAUAGUUUGUGGAUCUGCCCAGUGAGUAGAGAAUUGACACGAUCGUGCCUCCAUGUUAUGGUAGAUGGAAAUCAGACAGACUUCAAGGUGGAUAUUAAAAACAAAAUAGUUCCUUUCGGUAUAAAUAGCAAGUUGAUUGUGGGUUGGAAAAUAAGUAUAUAAAAAUUGUAUCAAUAUUUUUUUUUCAAUUCUAUUUAUCAAGCACAACGUCUUCAGGCUUACCAAAGACAAGAAUAUGAAAGAGGUCUAUGUGUUACACAAAUUCUUUCAUUUGAAAGUAUAAGUCACUAUGGGACAUUAGUUUAAGAGCUAUCUUUCUCGCUCUAGUGAUUGUUAAUUCUGAGCGAAUGAAAGGGAUAGAAAUACAUGUCUUAGCUCCUGCCUGUAUUAACUGUUUUAUGAAAGGUUGCUUUGAUAAAAAUGCUUUGUUAUCCACUAUGCAGUCUGUUUGAUUGAACUUUAUAGUAUUAUUCGUUUCUAAUUACUGGAUAGUUUAAUUGGAUAUAGCUGCUAGAGGUCGAUAGUACCUUCAUUGUUGAGAUUUGAGGUUAUAUAUAGUAUAAAUAUUGGCUUCUGGACUAUAUUUUAUUUAUAAUUAUAAUGUAACCUAGAUUUUAUACGAGUUCACAAAUGUAUAACAAAUG